GGGAUCAUGCAAGUUGGAAACCCGUCCUAUGGAUGGAAUCGACUGCGAUUCACUAAAACGUGAAGCACGUUCCUGAUUGAGUUUUCUUGUCGAAGUGCAUUCACACAAUGUGUGCUUCAAAAUAUACCUCCCGGUGUGUCUGGGUGGUAUAGUCACAUGAGUUAAUUUUAAAUUCCCAUAUAUUCGAUCGAAACGCUGGUCUACACAAUUAACAGUAGUCCGUUUGAAUGGGAAGAUGAACGGUGAAUCGUCUUCCAGGCGAGCAGUAUGGGACCAACAAACCGCUAGGCUCUUUGCAGCCGCCAAACAGGGGCAGUUGAAAAUCUUGCGGCAGUAUGGUGAAAGCGAUCCAACAUACUUCGAUACCGUGGAUCCACUGGGUAAUUCUAUUGCGCACUGGGCUACCAGAGGAGGGCAUGUAAAGGUACUUCGGUAUUUGAGCGCCAUAUGUCCUCGAACGCUUUCCGCAACAAACCUGUGCGGUAAGCAGCCAAUUCAUGUUGGAUCUAUCGCUGGAAAGUUCAUCUGCGUUGCGUUUUUGGCACACACCUUGGCUGCGUGUGAACAACCCGAUGCCCAAGGGCGAACACCGUUGUUACUUGCCAGGUUCAUUGUCAGUGAAAAGGAACUCCGGCAAUAUUUGUCGCAUGGUACUGCAAGCUCCCAGAAAAGGAAGCAACGUGGAAAGGAUGAAGAAGUUGUAACUGCGUUGAAAGACUGA